AUGACAGCGUUUGCAGGUUUGCUGCGAUCCAGAGUUACCAGGCAUGGUAAAAUCUGGGGCUGGCGUGAUGACGUCAAGAAGAUGUCCGAGAACUGGGAAGAAGGACAACAGGAGAGAGAGCCAUACAGAAAUUACAUCUAUGGUCAGCGCGGUUUCAAAGAAUGCGAGAUCGAUCCAAGGACCCGGCAACAGGCUCCAGCACGCAUGGCUCUGGGCCGUGUCACGGAGGCCCUUGCCGCUUUCGAGACCCAGGACUUCUUCAGAGCUGACUUCGCCGAACUCAAACCAUCUGACAUCAAGGAGGUCGGCACCUACACCGUAAAGGCUGACUCAGGUGAGACUGUGUGUCCCGGAGAGGUCCCUGAGUAUGUGCCCAUCAAGCGCGGAAAACGCUUGGAGAAGGAGCCAGGCUUCAAGAGGCCACCCACAGACGACAAGGGUUACAUCCAGUACGUCGAUGAGAAAUGUGAUCUCUACGAAGCAGCGAAGCAGGUUUCCUCAAAGCAACAGUUCUCCCUGGACAAAGACAUAAUUUGUGACCGCUCUUCCCUGGUGACUCUUCUGGAGUACGUCAGUGAAAACUUAACGGGCUUCUUGAUGCCCAAGGGACAGCACAACAACCCGGUCGAUCUCGUGAAGAUCUCCAAAGCUGCGGAUGGCAAGGCUCUCGUUAUGGAGCAUCUGUUGGAUGUGAAAAGGAUGAAGUGUUUCCCUUACCGGGGUGCAUGGAAGCGCUCCGAGGUAUCCAACCAUGGAACUUACACACCUGCCUUCCGACGCUUAGCCUACGGAGACUGCAAGACCAAGAACUUGAUGAUCACGGGACUCCCGCAGAUUGCUGGCAGCAGCGCAGGUGAGCUGGACACAUCCUAUCGUUUCGUCGAAUUUGAAACCAACGGUGUCAGCUUUCUUGUGAAGGCUCCAGCCGAUGCGCAGAAGGAUGGCAAAAACCUGGAGCUCGCCCAUAAGAACUGGUACUACCAGAACGAGAUUAAAGCACUCACCACGUAUGUCAAGAUGUUGCUGGGCAAAGUUGACACUUUCGUUCUUGCGUUGCAGCGCAGUGGCAAGAUCCAUGAGGUUGUGGAGAGCUCGCCAGAAAGCAUUCUGGAGAAGCAGCCGGAGGUGGAAGAAGCUGCAAAUCGUCGUCUCGGCCGCGUGGUCUCCUUGAUCAAGCAGGUUCAGGAUGCCGUCGCCAAAGGUGACAGCGGCCCUUGGGUGUUGCAGUGGCAGCAGGGUCCUCUGAUUCUGGGCAAGUACGAGUUGGUCUCUCAGGCGGAGGAGAUGGUGGCGGCGUAG